GUGAAGGAAGGGAUAAGAGUGACGCAGGGGCCUCAGUUUCUGCCAUGAAAACUGGUUGCACACUCAAGCAGCACUUUCAGAUGGGAUAGGAACAAGAUGGCGACAAAGGCAGGAGGUUGGAUUUCUGAACAUACCUCCUUAAAGCCCUUUAUGUAUCCAGUGCCUGAGACAAGGUUUUUUCAUGCAGGAAGAAAUGUGUAUAAAUUUAAGAUCAAAUAUGGCAACACUGUUAGUGUUAAUACUGACUUUCAUGAAAGUGUUGCGAAUGAAGAACUACAGGAGGCUAUUCGAGUAAUACUUGGAAACCUUGAUAAUUUAUGUCCAUUUACUACUGAACACUUGAUCAUAUUUCCAUAUUUAAAUAAGUGGGAAAGGGUGUCAAACUUGAGAUUAAUGCAUGGUGAUACAUUUCUUACUCCCUAUCCAUAUGUCUGCACCAUCUAUGUGGAAUUAAAUUCAUGGAAGCAGAAUGCAUUUGGAGGUAAAGUAGAAUACAGAGAUGAAAGUAACUCUGUCAACACUGGAAGUAUACUGAGAGAGAACAUAGAUGCAGAAAGAGCUGUCAAAUGGAGAAGGCUAGAAAACACAGUAGAAGUUUCACAUACUCAGGUGUAUGCACACAGGCCCAUGUUACACAUCAGCUUUGCAUCAAACUGUUCAAGGCGCCAUACAACCCAAAGAAAUGUGUUGAAAAAUGCAGCCUGUAUUUACAAAACAGCCAAACCAAGACUUCAGAAAGACAUGAUUUAUCUACCACAGAAUCAGCCAGAAGAAAUGCCGCAUCGGUGCUGUGGUCCUGCCAUUCUUAACCGUGGUUAUGACAAUAGUGAUUUGUGGGCGCAUGUUGAGUACUUCAGAACAGAAAAUGCAGAGAACAGCCAGAAGGAAGGAGAAGUAUCAGUUUUGCAGAAGAAAUCAGAGGAAGGCAUGGAGUUAAAAAAGAAAGGCUUUUUAGAGUUAUUGAAAAGCACUGUCUUUCCACCAUUACUGCAGCGCAUUUUUAAUGGGAGCCAUCAAUCCUCCUGACUCAUUCUCGCUGGAAAUAUGUAGUUGUAUCAUCAGACCAAGAGGAAUGUGUUUCUCAAAAAACUUACUUUUUAUGUUAGUACAGUUAUUUCAGAAAAUGAAAAUGUGUAAAUCUUCCCUUUACACAUGUAAGUCUGAUGUUUCUGUCUUCAUUUCAGAUUUUAAAUUGUUAAGACAAAAGUAUGAUUGAUUCAUUAUCAAAGCUAAUUCAGAUAUAUCGUUACUGUAAAUGUUUAAAAUGGAGUGUUGUUUAUGCCUUUUAAGAGGCUACAUAUGAGUAUGUGCUAGAAUAAACUGUAAUUUGUUGUCAAACCUGUCUGCCUAAUGUUCAGCACUGAAGUUAUGUAGUUAGAAUAGAUUGUUAUAAGUAUUAUACAUGAUGGCCAGUGAUAUUACAUACUACUGAACCUCACCCCUACCCCCCACCCCAGUAUUAGUGAGAGUGAACUUGUGACAAAAUCCACUGUUUUAAAUCGUCAUGGAGAUUUAUGUCCUAAAACAAAGGAUUAAUUUCAGAUCCUGAUUUUAACUUUGGGGAAUAAGCUAUCUUCCUGCCACAGUUCAAAGAUAGAUGAGUUACCAAUAAGUUAUUUCUUCUAAGUCUACUGACUCCCCUAAAGCUCUGCAUAAUACAAGGGAUGGUGUAGGUACACAUGAUAAUGGCACCCGUUCUGUAAUGUGAAGGAGACUUCAUUAUCAGUGUGGGCAAGCCUCACUUUAAUGCCUUGCUCCUGCCUGACCACAUGUCUGCUUAGGUCAAUGAAGCUCUUCUUGAGCAGCAACUACAUGUUGCAUGUUAUGCUUUGUGCCAGGAUGGGUAAAUGUCGUUCUCCAGAUAUUUUUUUGAAUGGCAGCUCCCAUCACCUCCCACCAUUAACAAUACUUGCUAGGGCUGAUAGAAGUUGCAGUCCAGCAACAUCUGGAAGACUGUGUUUGCCCACUUCUGCUUUAUGAUGUUAUUUAGGAAGGUAUUUGGAAACAUGGUAUCAUAUAAUUUUUAAUUUUUAUUUAUGGAUUUUCUUUCUGAUUUUAUUUACUGGGCAACAUCCUGUGGGCAUAACUUUGUCCGAAUCAGGCAACAGACAUAUUUAACUUACAGUAAUUAAAAGCUUCCUCUCCCCUGUUUUAGGGUCUGAAGCUCCCUAGGUCUCUCUUUUUCCCUGGGGAGGAAUUUGGGAGCUUUGAUGUGGAGAGGAGAGCCUUUAAAAAUCAAAAAGUGCCACUAGCAGUCCUGAUCCUGCAGCGGGGAUUUGGCAACUGUUUUAGACUCUCAAAGGCUCCCUCCCCCAUCCUAAAAUUACCAGAGGUUUCCUUGGGGAGGGGGGAAGGAGAACCUCAGAACCAAAAAUGAGAGAAGCUUUUAAUUAGUGUAAAUUAAAUAUUUAUGGCACCUUAUCGAGUUUGAACUUCACAAAGUUAUGCUAACAGCAUUUUGCCCAGUAACUUGUUACACCUUUUAUUAUCCGUUAAUGUUGUUAUUUUAACUAUUGCUGCAUACCAACCUGAAGGCCAUGUUUAACUAAAAUAAGAGCUGUCAAUGUAGGGCAAAAAUACUUAAAUAAAUAAAUAUUACAUUG